ACUCCUUCUUGCCGACGCGACGCGAAUAUUUAGUGGCAGUGCAUGCCUGCAAAGCCCGUAUCGGUGGUGUUUAAUGUACGCGGGAGGUUAAAAAUCUCCCCAAAAAUCAUUAAAGCGAACGCGGCUGAUGGUUUUUGCAGUGAAAGGGUUUUUUUGUGAGGAAAUUCGCCACCUCGCCGCUGCAGAGAGAGACAGUGUGGGAAAUGAUGGAGCCGAGCUGCGAGUAGCUGCCGUACGAGUGUUUUUGCACGGCAGGAUUGUUGUAGGAAGUGUCAGGUUUUUUUUCCAGAGGGGCCGGGCAAUUCAAAGGGAUGGCGGAGCCUCGAUUCAAUAAUCCUUAUUUCUGGCCACCACCUCCCUCCAUGCCUGGUCAGCUGGAUAACCUGGUUCUUAUCAACAAGAUCAAAGAGCAGCUGAUGGCAGAAAAGAUCAGACCUCCGCAUUUGCCAUCCUCCACUGUUCCCUCUCAGCAGACCCUGCUGGUGGCCUCACCGCCCUCAGAUGCUGGCCAGCAUGUGAUGUCCAUCCCUAAGCUGCAGCAGGUGCCGGGGCUGCAGGCCCACAACUCCUCCCAGCCGGACACUGCCCUUCACGCCCGCCCCGCCUCCAGCACCGUGGCAGAGCUGAACAUGGAUGACAAGUCAGCUGUGAAAGCUAAAGGAUUAUGGGAAGACUGGCAUAUGCGUCAAGCUGUUGACCAGGCUGCUAGAGUGAACCAUCGUUCAGGCCUGGUAGCCACUUCUCGCGCCGACAGUCACAACACUUCUGAGGCCAUGACCCCCACCACCCCGACGUCUAGCAGUCAGAACCGGCUGGGAGGAGCACCCUCCCUGAAUGUGAUCUCAGGCCUGGCCAGCGCUCCUGGCAUGGAUCAGGUGAAAAGUGGGAGCUUGGCAGGGAUGCUGGGGCCACAGCCGAAAGCCCCGCGUGGCCGUAAGAAGAUCAAAGCAGAGAACAACACCGGUCCCUUGCUGGUGGUGCCCUACCCCAUCUUGGCCUCAGGCCCUGACCAGUCAGUCACCAUCGCCAAAGAGGGGAAAACCUACAGGUGUAAAGUUUGUCCACUCACCUUCUUCAACAAGUCAGAGAUGCAGAUUCAUUCCAAGUCCCACACAGAGGCCAAACCCCAUAAGUGUCCUCACUGUUCAAAAUCUUUUGCCAACGCUUCAUACCUAGCGCAGCACCUCCGGAUUCACUUAGGGAUAAAGCCUUAUCACUGCUCCUACUGUGAGAACUCCUUCCGCCAGCUGUCUCACCUGCAACAGCACACAAGGAUUCAUACUGGGGAUAGACCAUAUAAAUGCGCCCAACCUGGAUGUGAAAAAGCAUUUACACAGCUCUCAAAUUUACAGUCCCAUCAGAGGCAGCACAAUAAAGACAAACCAUACAAGUGUCCGAACUGCUACCGUGCCUACACAGAUUCGGCCUCCCUACAGAUCCACCUGUCAGCACACGCUGUGAAGAACGCUAAAGCUUAUUGCUGCAGUAUGUGUGGCCGCGCGUACACAUCGGAGACCUACCUUAUGAAGCACAUGUCCAAACACACGGUGGUUGAGCAUCUUGUUAGCCACCAUUCUCCACAGAGAACAGAAUCUCCCAGUAUCCCCAUACGCGUAUCUCUCAUCUGAGCUUCCCUCUGCUCUUCUCUUUACCUCCUCUUCCUUUCAAAAAGGUUGUUUUUUUUGUUUUGUCUUUUGUGUGCCAGGCUGCUCUUCUAUUGAGAAUAAGAAGACAGAAAAGGAAUAUGCAGCACCCCGGUUCUCAAAGGACACUGUGUCUGCCAUAUUCUUCUAUAUUUUAGCCAUUUAGUACAAAUUGAUGUAGCUGCUUGACUGGCUACAUCUCAUCACCUGGUGUCCAAGGUGAGUCAGCACCAGACACCAGUCUAAAUGGGAAUCUAAACAUGCAUCCCAAGAAUAGAACAACAGGCUGUUUCCUACUUGCUUGUUCUCAGAUUAUCAAGGGUGUGUUAGGGAGACAUCCAAAGAUAAACUUAAAGCACUUUCCAGUUUCGGGGUUAGCUCAAAAGUUCGAAGUUUUCCAAGGGGAAGUCAGGCUUUAGCUUUGGGGCUAACUAUGAUUAUUAAAGUAUAGUGGCUCUUUUGUUUGUCGUUUUCCAUCUCCAUUUUUAGUUAUGAGCACCAUCUCGUUUUACAGGGUAGCGUGUUUAGUUUUAGUGUGGACAUGACAAAUCCUCCACUUUAAACUUGUGUAAUCCUUGAUUAACAGAUAUCAGACCUUGGAAAAAAAUGUGAAGUAAUGUAUGAAUCUUGGUUAGAUGCAGCAUCAUUGUGAUGAGUACUGGUUUGGGUAGGACAGUUCAGAGGAUAUGUGGAUCCUGGGAGGAAACCAAGAAAUUUAUGACAAAGUGUGGGCGCGAAUAUGUUUGAGUAUACAGUCUUUUGCAAAAGGUUGGGCACUCUUGCUAAAAUAAUUUUGUUUUUUGUGAAAGUAAGUUAACCUUUUUAGAACGCAAAGUUCUGCACAUUUUAGUACACAGUUUCUAUUUAUUUACUAAAUUAAACAUAUUGAGGGAAAAUGUGUUUUAUUUUUUAGAAUAAGUUCACUAAAUAAAAACAAAUUGUGCACUAAAAUGUGCAGAAUUUGUUCCCUGUAGAGGAUGUGUGAACUUAUUUUCACAAAGAUAUGUAAAUAAUAAGUACAAACUGUGCACUAAAAUGUGCAGAAAAAUGUUACACAAGUACUCUGUAGAGCGGGAUGUCAAAUUGGGGACCUUCGAGUGCACCCUGAAUUCAUGAAGGCCUUGCUAUUUAGCUGAUGAGCUGAAUCAGGUGUGUUUAAUGAGGCAGAGUGCUGAUGGCUGCAGUGUUUUGGCCUGCAAGGACUGAAGCCUGACACGUGUGCUGUGGAGGAUGUAUGAACUUGUCGAUUUACUAAGUAAAAACAAAACAUGACCAGAGAUUCCCAAACUUUUGUAUAAGUCUGUAGCUAUAAACAGGAAAGCAUCAAAUAUUUGCAUAAAUUAUCAAUAUUACCUACAGGAUGCCUAGUGAUAUUAUAAGCUCCAUUUUCCAAAUAAUGUCCACAUUUUAAAUGUUAAAUUCUAAAAAGCUAGCUCCCAUGGUCUGUAGAUCUAGUGAGCCUGAUCUUAUGUGUGUUACGAGCCCAUUUAUUUUUCUAUUGUCUCAAAAGACAUUUAAAUUGAAAGGACUCUGAGGCUCUGGAAACUCCAUAGAAAUUGUGCAAAUAAAAGAGCGUUGAUGUAAAUGGAUGCUCUCUAAAAUAACUGCUUGCAUUAAUUACAUCACAGAUGUACUUACAUAUAUAUAUUUGUGCAAUGUCAUAGAAAUCAGUUUGAUUUCCUCUACUCUCUUUUCUAUAAGGUUAAUCCUAUUUUUUUGUAGGGCAAACUUUCUUCCCCAAAUUGUUCAGCACUUGACGAUCAUACUAAUUGCAUUAUUGCAUUGUCUGUUUUAAUGAAGCAAUGUAAUGACACAGCGGUGCUAGUCAAGUGUGAAAUGUCAUAACCAGAACCACAUGCCCUGGCCAAGCUGUGAUGUUACGUACUCUGUUA